CCCCCCUGUGAGCCCAUUCCCCCAUCAUGGAGAGCCAGAGAGUCCAGUCCUCCUACAGGAAACGUUUCGGACCUCAAGGCUCGAGCGGUGCAGCGGGGAGGCUAUCGUCCAGCCGCCUCUCCUGGCAUGGAACCCCUCGAAACAUCUCCAUCUCUACCCCCAUAUCCCGGACCUCCCUGGGGUCCUCCUUACUGCUGGGGAGUCCGGGGGACCGGCUGGACUUCUCCGCCGACUCCCUGUUGAAGGCCCAGUACAAGGAGACGCGCACCAACGAGAAGAUGGAGAUGAUGGGCCUCAACGACCGCUUCGCCAGCUACAUCGAGAAGGUGCGCAUGCUGGAGCAGCAGAACAAAGUGCUGGUGGCGGAGCUCAACCAGCUGAGGGGGAAGGAGCCCAGUCGCCUUGGAGACAUCUACCAGGACGAGCUCAGGGAGCUGCGGCGGCAGGUGGACAACCUGACCACGGGGAAGGCUCGCCUGGAGAUCGAGAGGGACAACCUGGCUGCAGAUCUGACCACGCUGAAGCAGAGGUUGCAGGAUGAGAUCGGGUUGCGUCAGGAAGCAGAGAACAGCUUGAACGCCUUCAGACAGGAUGUGGAUGAAGCGUCUCUCAGUCGAGUCCAGCUGGAGAGGAAGAUCGACUCUCUUCAGGAUGAGAUCAACUUUUUGAGGAAAAUACACGAUGAGGAGCUGCGUGAGUCACAAGAGAAAGUCUUGGCCCAGCAGGUCCACGUGGAUCUGGAUGUCUCAAAACCAGAUCUGACUGCUGCUCUGAGAGACAUCAGGAUCCAGUAUGAAAACCUGGCCACCUCCAACAUGCAGGAGACAGAGGAGUGGUAUCGAUCCAAGUUUGCUGACCUGACAGAUGCAGCCAAUCGGAAUGCGGAAGCCUUACGCCAGGCCAAGCAAGAGGCCAAUGAGUAUCGCCGUCAGAUCCAAGUGUUGACCUGCGACCUGGACGCUCUCCGAGGGACAAACGAGUCUCUGGAACGCCAGCUGCGGGAGAUGGAGGACCGCUGUGCCAUGGAGACAGCCGGUUACCAGGAUACGGUGAGCCGCUUGGAGGAGGAGAUCCAUGCUCUGAAGGAGGAGAUGGCGAGGCAUCUGCAGGAAUACCAGGACCUGCUCAACGUCAAGCUGGCGCUGGAUAUCGAGAUAGCCACCUACAGAAAACUACUGGAGGGGGAGGAGAGCAGGAUUACCAUUCCAGUUCAGAGUUUCUCCAACUUGCAGUUCAGAGAAACAAAUUUGGACUCCAAAACUCCAGAGGCUCACGUGAAGAGGAGCAUCUUGGUUCGCACUGUGGAGACCAGAGAUGGUGAGAUCAUUAAGGAAUCGACCACUGAGCACAAGGACAUUCCUUGAACUCCACAUCUCAUCCUUAGACUGACGGAGGAUCGAGAUCGCUCUGCGUUGUUGUUUUUCAAAGCUUCACCUCUUCUUCCUUUCUCUACAUCACAUCAUUUCUGUCACCCCUUCAUCAUUUCCUGCUUCUUUUUUUUUCAUCAACCACAACUUAACUAUUAGUGUUUGAAACAUUAUAGUCUGGUCAUUUUAAAUGAAGUGUGAAAAAAGGGUUUCAUUUUUGCAUUUAGUGGCUCUAAAAGAUGUAGAGAUGUUGUCCUCUAACAUGUAGCAUUGUGGAAGUUGACGUGUGGUUACGUGUACGUGAAAUGUGGCGACAGGAAAGAGGCAGAAAGAAAGGAAGAACUGAGGAUGUAGGACCUUUUAGGAAGAUGACAGAUAGUGUAAGAUUGUUUUAUCGUUUAAUUUAUUUCAGUUUAGAACUAAAAUGUGAUUUUCUAUUUGGUUGUUGAAGCAUUAGCGAUGGAAACACUGAGGAUUAACGCAAAAGAGAAGGAUUUAAAUUCCUUUAACUGAAAUGUUAGCUGUAUUAAAAGCACUUUUAACUCCUCCUGGAUUCGUCCGACACCUUCUGGUAAAGACGUGGUCAUUUCUGGCACUGAAACGUGUGAGGAUGGGAUGAUAGGAGCAGACAGGGAGAGGGUGAAGGUGUGGAGGCCGACGUCACGCGAACCCUGCAGCCACUAUCAGCCUCUCUGCUCCAAAAGGGUCAGCCAGUUCCUGCGGUGCUGGCCUGAUACCACCGACAGACACGGAGCCAGAGGAGAGGCUGCGUUUUAUUACGUCUCUCUGAUAAAAGAUGAAAGCAGCUGAAACACUCACUGAGGCCGUGGCUUCUGUUGAAAGUUGUGGCGGUUUCCGUGCUCGCUCUCAUCACCAAGGACACUUUGUUAUUCUCACCUUCCAGCCUCUCAAGUUCCACUUCCCGUCUCUCUUCCAUGACACUCUUGAGCAUCACUUUUAGACAGAAACUUCAGCUGUAAAUAUAACACAAGUUUAACAACAAUUAAAGAUUUGGUUUGUGGGAGA